AUGAUGGCCGCCAUGGGUUACAUCACACCUGAGAUCACCGGCAAGCUGCCCGGAUUUUUGUCCCCAUCCGCCGGCUUGAAGUUCGCAGACAUCCCGAACGGCCUUGCCGCUGUCUCGAAGGUGCUGACGUCCAGUGACCCUGCUGAGAAGACGAAAAAACUGUCAGCCGAGCUGGCAAACGGACGCCUCGCCAUGAUGGCUAUCAUUGGCAUGUUCUUCCAGGCAUCAAGCCUGUCAGUAGAUGGCAGCGUCGAGAACUUCAAGCGCCGCCGUGCCACCGAGAUUAAGCACGGAAGAAUUGCCAUGCUGGCGACCAUGGGUUACAUCACGCCCGAGAUCACCGGAAAAUUCCCGGGAUACUUGAGCCCAAGCGCAGGCCUCAAAUUCGCAGACAUCCCGAAUGGCCUGGCUGCAAUCUCCAAGGUGCCUCAGGCAGGUUGGGGUCAGAUCCUAUUGUACAUGGCCUACUGCGAGGUGUCGCAGACGCAGGAGCCGGGCACCGCAGCCUAUGCAG